CAGGGGCAGACUGACCAUUUGGAAACUCGGGCACUGCCCGAGGGCCCGGGGUCAGUAGGGGGCCCCAUGAGAUGCCCCUGGUACCUUUUUCAUAGGCGUUUUUGAGUUUGGGCAAGGACACAGGGGCCCCAUGAUCCCCUAUUGCCCGGGGACCCCAUGAGUUGUCAGUCUGCCCCUAUCCGCCCAUGCACAGGGGUUAUUCAGCAUUACUCACCCAGCCUCCUGGUUUCCUGUAUAAGCACAGCUACUCUGGUCAUC